AUGGGCCGUGUCAUAGGCCAGGAGAACUGCCUGUUCUUCAAUGCGUGGACCCCCACCUUUAAGCCUGAGGCUGGGCCACCUGUGAUGGUGUGGAUCCAUGGUGGCUACCUCCACAUGCUAAGUAGGGGAGAGGAGGGGUACUCCCUGAAAGAGGAGCUGGCAGCCAUGACUGAGGUGGUGUACAUCAGCUUCAACUACAGGUUCAACUCCCUGGGCUUCCUGACUCUGAAGCUGCUGGGAGAGUGCUCACCCACUAACACGUAUAAGUUCAGUGUUGGGUAUUGGCACAAGCUUUCAGGAAACUACGGCUUCAUGGACCAGAUAGCAGCGCUGAAGUGGGUCCAGAGGAACAUCCAUGCGUUUGGAGGAGACCCCAAUCAGGUCACCAUAUUUGGGCAGAGCUCAAGCCAUUCCAUGGAAGGAGUAACCGUCGUGGAGGCCAGAUGA